CUUUAGACGAAAUCGGUCAUUGUGUUCAUCGUCUUUCCAUCGGUAGCCAUCUCCUGAAAAAGUGCUCUCGCGUUCACGUAACAUAUUACAUAAGUGGAGAUAGAAAAGAAUUUUUUCCGGAAAAAAUGUUCUCCGCCCUAAAAACGGUGGCCACAAAAGCCGAAUCAGCUAAGGUAUUGUCGUUUGCAAAUCAAUUUAAUCGUCAUUAUGCCGCAAAAACAGCAGCAAAGGCUGGUUUGGCUCAAGGAAGAGUUGUAGCUGUCAUUGGUGCCGUUGUCGAUGUGCAAUUCGAUGAUAAUCUUCCACCCAUUUUAAAUGCAUUGGACGUUGUUGGACGCAGUCCCCGACUUGUGUUGGAAGUUGCCCAACAUUUGGGUGAAAAUACCGUUCGUACAAUUGCUAUGGAUGGUACUGAAGGUUUGGUACGUGGACAACAAGUCAAUGAUACCGGUGAUCCAAUCCGUAUCCCAGUCGGAGCUGAAACUCUCGGCCGUAUCAUGAAUGUCAUCGGCGAACCGAUUGAUGAACGUGGUCCAAUUGCAUCCCAACACACCGCAGCCAUCCACGCCGAAGCCCCCGAAUUCGUUGAGAUGAGUGUUACACAAGAAAUUUUAGUCACUGGUAUCAAGGUCGUCGAUCUAUUGGCUCCAUACGCCAAGGGAGGUAAAAUUGGUUUGUUCGGUGGUGCCGGUGUCGGCAAAACUGUACUUAUCAUGGAGUUGAUUAACAACGUUGCUAAGGCUCAUGGUGGUUACUCCGUAUUUGCUGGAGUCGGCGAACGUACCCGUGAAGGUAACGAUUUGUACAAUGAAAUGAUUGAAGGUGGUGUCAUUUCCCUCAAGGAUAAGACCUCCAAAGUAGCGCUUGUCUACGGACAAAUGAACGAACCCCCAGGCGCUCGUGCUCGUGUAGCCUUGACUGGCUUGACCGUUGCCGAAUAUUUCCGUGAUCAAGAAGGACAGGAUGUGUUGUUGUUCAUUGACAACAUUUUCCGUUUCACACAAGCCGGUUCUGAAGUAUCAGCCUUGUUGGGUCGUAUUCCAUCAGCUGUCGGUUAUCAACCAACCUUGGCCACUGACAUGGGUUCUAUGCAGGAACGUAUUACCACCACCAAGAAGGGUUCCAUUACCUCUGUCCAAGCUAUUUACGUACCAGCUGACGAUUUGACCGAUCCUGCUCCAGCUACAACAUUCGCCCAUUUGGACGCCACCACUGUAUUGUCCCGUGCUAUCGCUGAAUUGGGUAUUUAUCCAGCUGUAGAUCCAUUGGAUUCGACAUCCCGUAUCAUGGACCCCAACAUUAUUGGAACUGAACACUACAACAUCGCUCGUGGCGUCCAAAAGAUCUUGCAAGAUUACAAAUCUCUCCAAGAUAUCAUCGCCAUUUUGGGUAUGGAUGAAUUGUCCGAAGAAGAUAAAUUGACUGUCGCCCGUGCCCGUAAGAUCCAACGUUUCCUCUCACAACCUUUCCAAGUAGCUGAAGUUUUCACUGGUCAUGCUGGAAAAUUGGUGCCACUCGAAGAAACCAUCAAGGGAUUCACCAAGAUUUUGGCCGGUGACUACGAUCAUUUGCCAGAAGUAGCAUUUUACAUGGUUGGCCCAAUCGAAGAAGUUGUCGAAAAAGCCGAACGAUUGGCUAAGGAAGCCGCUAACUAGACAUUUACACGAUUGAUGAAUAGAUGACACACAGUAACGAACGAAAAAUAACAACUUGGUUUUGCCCGAACCAAGGUCGAACAUUACGAAGCGAAUACAAAUGGUUGAGAUAUGAAUUGCCCUAUUAUUUACUUUUAAAUUGUAUUUAAGCCCAAAAAAAAUACAAAAUUACCAAAAAACU